AUGGCUCACAAGAGCACGACUGAUCAAAUUUUUACUCUGGACACCAUAAUCGACUGCAGGACUGCAAAUAAUAAGCCAACAUGAUGUGCGUUCCUUGAUCUGAGAAAAGCAUUUGACUCAGUACCCAGGAGACUGCUGUUGCAAACAAUGAUGAAAAGAGGAGUGGAAGGAAAAACCAUAAACAUGAUCAGUGCCAUGAUGAAAGAUGAGUGGAGUUCAAUAAUUAUGAAUGAUCAGCCUCAGAAAUGAAUCCACAUACAGAAGGGGGUCAGACAAGGAGGAUGUGUCUCACCACUUGCCUUUAACUUUAUACCGAACGAAUUAGCCAUCAGAUUAAAGCAGAAAAAUUAUGGAGUUCAACUAGGCCCUGAUGUAAAUAUUGGUCUGCUGUUAUAUGCAGAUGAUAUAGUUCUUAUAUCCGAAUCAAAAGUAAACCUGCAGAAACUAUGUCAUGAGGUUGAGGAAUGGGCAAGGGAAUUUAAAUUAACAAUAAAUGAGGACAAAUCUGAGGUCAUGUGCUUUAAUGAAGCAUGCAAAGGCUCGGUCAGAAUUAAUGGAAACAUCCUAAAGGUCUCAAAUAACUUCAGGUACCUAGGAUUUAUAUGGGAAAGAGGGUAA